AUGUCAGUCCGCUCCGGUAGCUCGGGCUCCAGCUCACGGCGCUCUGGCUCGUACAAGGAGGUCAGGAUCGACAGCUUUCCUCGCAAGGCGCUGGUCUGGUUCUCCUGCCGAGAUCCUCGAAAGGCCAAGAGCGUCCGUCGCUACUACGACGAUGAUUUCGACACUCGGAGUACCGGCUCGAGCGGCUCCAUGUUCUCAUGGGCGAGCGGAACGAGCCAGGUAUACCUGGUCGAAACGACGGCCCCGUACUGGUACUGGGAAGACGACUCGUCGGAUUCGGUGUCGUAUUCGUCCUCCAGCAGCAAACGGAGAUCGUCAAAGAGAGGCCGGUCCUCGCGCACAUCCUACCGCAGCAACCCUACCGGCACAUGGGCGCGGCGCGCCACUGUCGAGGAUGACGAGGAUGACGACGACGACAGCAGCAGCGAUGGAAGCGUGGAUGAUUACGGCGGCCAACCCGCCGCGCCCUUCCCGCACCCCGGGAUGAUGCCUCCUCCUCAGGGUCCCCCACCGGGCGCCUUCCAGCCCUACUACGGCAUGCCGCCGUAUUCGCAUCACCCUACUCCAGGACCAAGUCCGCCACAAGGCUACCCCCCUCCUCCGCCGCCGCCGCCAGCGGCCGGUAUGCCACCACCACCGCCGCCCGGAGGCCAUUUUGUGCCCGGUCGCGGCGGUAUUCAGGUGUUCGUGGAUGGUUGA